CUGUGGGCGUGGCCCGGCGCUGCCCCUCAGGCGCGGGUGGCGGGGCGCGGCGCGGCGGCGGGGGGUCACCACGGGCAGUAAGAUGGCGGCCGCCACUAGGGUCGUUCAGGUAGUCAAGCCACAUACUCCGUUAAUUAAGUUCCCGGACAGAAAAAGUAGUCCCAGACCUAAAAUACAGGAAUCUCUACAAGCAAGUGUGCCGUCUCUCCAUGCUUCAAAAGCACAGGACUCUGUAGGAGGCAGAUCACCGGCCUUUCAAAGUAUUUCACCUGUUAGUAGAGUACAAGGUACACCAGACACUUCUGAAUUAGCAAGAACCUUACCUCAGAAAUACAGAAGGAAACUUAUGUCAGACGAAGAGAUUGAAUAUAUUCAACGUGGAGGUCCAGAAUAAGCACGGAAGAGAGUUUGUUGGCCACUGUUGAAGUAUUGUGUUCACAAUAAAGGCAUUUCCUUAAUAUUAAAAACAA